GUACAACGCUACCCAAUCCAUAAUAAGUUCUUACAAUAAUUUUCCCGCCACAGCGCGGCAAAAUCCUUGUCCGUAGGGGAGACGGGAAUCCUUACUCUCCGAUGAAAUCCUUCUGCCGGUCGGAAAGCCCUGAAAACAGAGUACGAUUCAGUCUCUCUAUAUAUUGCCCUUUCCUUCUUUCUUCGUCAUUCCAAUUCCUGCAAGGUGAAAAAAAAAGAAAAAAGUUCACAAUCAAGAAACAGAAGAAAGAGAUCGGAGAAUGUCGAUGGGCUCGAUUAGGGCAAGGGCUGGGGCUGGUCCUUCGUCUUCGUCUUCGUCGGCGACGCAGAUGCCACCGGGCGUGAAGUUCUCCCCGACGGAAGGAGAACUGAUGGGCUACUACCUCUACAACCACAUCCGCCGCACGCUGCCGCCGGCCCACUACUCUGCCAUCCGCUGCCACGACCUCUACGGCGACGACGACCCGUGGGAGAUCUGGCGCCGCCUUCAGUCCUCCGUCGAGGAGCCCGGAGACGUCUACGCGUUCACCGAGCUGAAGAAGAAGCUAAAAUCCGGCGGCGGCGUGAACAAGAGAGCGACUCGGAAGGUCGGGAGGAGCGGCGGGAACUGGCACGGCGAGGACAACGGGACCCUGUUCAAGCUCGUCCGCCGCGCCCGGUCGCCGACGGAGCAGGACGAGCGGUGGGUCGGUACGCGGAAGAGGUUCAGCUACAGAAACCCCAAUCCCCAAUUCGCCAGCGAGGACUCGAAGUGGAUCCUCCACCAGUUCAGCAUGAGGAGAGACGACGGCCGCGAGGACGACGAGAAUGAAGUUGUCUGUAUGAUCCGCAACAACGGGUCACCGACGGGGAACGCAAUUAAGGAGGCGGCGAGAGGGUUGGUUCUCGCCGGAAGGAAGAGGAAGCUCGAGGAUUACAUCAGGAGAUUCUCCUCCAGCAGCAGCUCUGAUGACGCUUCUGCUUCUACUAGUAGCAGCAAAAGAGUGUGCUAUUCCAAUUCGGCCCCAAAGCAAUCACUGCAGCAACAACAACAACAACAGCCUCCCCUGCCUUUUACAGUGUUCGAUUGUUCGAAUCAAGUGCCUCCCCUGCCUUCUACGGUGUCCGAUUGUUCGAAUCAAGUGCUGCCACAGAAACCACAGUGUCCAGAACCAGUCCAAGAAGAAGAAUUGGAUGAAUUAGACAUAACUUCGAGGAUCGAUUUCGACGUCCAGGACUGGGAAUUCGACUGGGGAGAUCAAGGAUGCGGUGGUGCUGAUCCACAAUCCGUGUUGGAGUUUCAAGAAUACAAGGAUUACCAUACUAGUACUACGACACAAGAAGCAGCCAUUGCUGAUUAUUCGGAGCCGCCAGCAGCAGCAGCAGCCGUUCCAGUUGAUGAUGGUGAAUGGAAGACAGAACAAGAAGAAACGAGUGCGGCUGCUCCCUGUAUGCUUCCUCCACCCCAACCUCUCGCAGCUGAUUGUUUCGAGGCGGCGGAAGCAGCAGCAGCAGCCAAUCCAGCGGUGAAAGAAGAAGAAGGUGAUGCAGGGGAGGAGAAAAUGGUGGCUGCUGCUGCUGCUGCUGAUGCAGGGGAUGAUGCUCCAGAUGGAAAAGGAAAGGGGAUUGUCACGGUGGCUGAUGGCAAUCGACAAGGCGCAGCGAGCUUGAGACAUGAAAAAAUCGUGCUGCCAUGGGAUGUUUGUGAUCAUCCUGUGGAGAAGCGCCAGGGUUUCGAUCCGGCUUUCUGUGGGCUCGACGACUUGUUGGAUCUGCCAUUGUCGUUUCAGUUCCCGCACUCGUAUGGGUUUGAGCAGCAGGUUUAUCCGUACCAGGGUGGUGAUGGCUUUGAAGACCCUUCGUUUUCUGAUCUAUGGGGUCACGGACCCAUGUAGAAGAUGAUGACUGAACUUUAGUCUGUAACUAUGUGAGGCAUGUAGAUUUAGUGAAAUGAAGUUUUUAACAAGGAAUCAUUGAUCUUGACUUGAUUUUAUAAACUAUGCGAGACAUGUAGAAUGUAGAUUCAUUGAUAUUGAAUCAUCAUUGAUCUUUGAUGAUUCAAUGUUUAAACGUUAUAGAAUCGAACAUGCGCUAUAACAUAAAAGAAAUUAUAUGAUACAUUAGUUUAGAACUGAAUUCUAUCACUAAAGAGAAAUAAUAUCAAACCCAUAUCAUCUAUGACCAAAACGUUCUAACUCAAUCAUUCAAACUAUCCCGUAAAACAAAUCAUAAUUCAUUUUCUUUAAUUCAAGUUAGUAAUAAAAAGGUGGCAAUCUAUACUAGACCGCAUAAAACCAGUGUGAAAUGAAUAAAAUGAAACAUU